AUGGUCGGCAAAAGGAAGAGAGAGACCUCUGUUGUCCCUCGCUCUACCAAAAUGAAAGACGCAAGCCCCCCACCAGCCGACAACGCGCAGGAGAUUUUUCGCAAAUAUUUCGAAGCGCAAUUCGAACCUAUCGAAAACGGAGUAUCUCAGCGUGCUUUAGAGGAAACGGACUCUAGAGAUGAGGAGACCGGAGAUAAUGAUGACGACAACUCAGAGCAGCUGGGAUCUGAUGAGGAAGGACUCUCUGGAGAAAGUGACGAAGAUAACGUGGUGGAAGUUGUUGAACACGAGGAUGUCAGUCUUGGAGCGAACGACUUGAUGGACAAGAAAGCACGCAAGGCUUUCAUGAGCGCCAAACCUCCACCCUCUGCAAAUGAGAAGACGAAGGCAACCACAAAGUCGAAGAAGAAGGAUGACUCGGACGACGAUACCCAUGACGCCGUAAAUCUGAAGAACGACCUUGACCUGCAGCGACUGCUUCGAGAGUCGCACCUCCUCGACUCGGCCUCAGAGCUCGCACCGACCGGCAAGAACCGAUUGAAGGCUUUGGAUCUACGCAUGCAAUCCCUCGGAGCCAAGGAAUCUCUCUACAAACAGAAGAAUAUGCCCGACGCCUUCCGACAAGGCAUCAAAGCCAAAGCUGCCUCGAGAGAUGAGAAACGACGUCGGGAGGCCAAAGAGAAUGGCAUUAUCCUUGAGAAGCCAGUCAAGGUCGCUAAAUCGGACAAUAAACGAAGGGAGCGUGGUGUUGGAGGAUCUUCCAUUGGCAAGUUCUCUGGAGGUACAUUGAAUCUGAGCAAAGAAGAUCUGCAAUCCAUGCAAAGCUCUAGGGGCCGCGGUAGCCGCGGUGGCCGCGGUGGACGUGGUGGGCGUGGUGGCCGCGGUGGGCGCGGUGGUCGUGGUGGCCGUGGUGGGCGUGGGGGGGAUACGACCCGAGCCCGCCAUUGA